AUGAUCGUCAGAAGCCUGCCAUCCCCCUUAAUACCAUCAACCCUUCAAUCCUUUCUCAUAAGAUCCCAACCUUCGCACUGUCUCCGCCAUCUCCACGCUCGAGCCUCUGCUUCUCAACCCCCAACUCCUCAACCCACGCCAUUUGUUCCAGACGCCUCCACCUUUCUCAAACUCAUUGGCCGUAACCUCUCACAACAUGCCGGAAAAAUACCCACUUGGCAAUCCCUCUUUUCCCUCACGUCAACCCAACUUCGUGAAUUAGGCGUUGAGCCAGCUCGAACGCGACGGUACCUGCUCUGGUGGAGGGAUAGAUUCAGAAAAGGCAUCUUCGGCGUGGGUGGAGAUCUCAGGAACGUCAAGGAUGGGGGGGGCAGAACUCCGUGUAGUGGAACUCCCCGUUGCCAAAGCGGCGAUUCCAAAAUCCAGAAGCACGAGCAUAGCAAUUGGCCUACAACGAACGAAGAGGAUGAUCGUCAACGAGCCACCAGAGGUCAUAGAGAAGAGCCUAUCGUUACAGCAGCUGAAACCAGUGGAUGGCAUGAAAGUGGUUGGCUUGCGGACGAUAGUGGGACCAUAUGUGCAGCCCGUGAAGGGAACGAGUGGGAGCGUGGCCACCAUCAAGGUUCAGGAAGGAAUGUGGGAGGUCAGGAGAGGGGUGAAGGUUGA